AUGAAGCAGCGAGACUCUACGAGACCCACAACAGAUGACUCUCACCGAGUUCCUCGCAAAGCUCUACAAAACGAUGACCUAAGCCACCGGCCAUCUAUGAACCGAAUUAAAGCUCUGAAUGCAAGCAGGUGUAGUCGCUUUGCGCUGCAACAUCUUCGUGCAAGACGAAUCCGAUAUUCCACCUUUCGCUUGCCGGCCAUGCAUUUUGCCUCGGACAACUGGGCUGGGGCGCAUCCCACCAUCGCAGCCUCGUUGACGGAACAUGCCAACGGUUACAGCCAGCCAUACAGCGAUUCCGAACUCGACAAGACUGUGGAAAAACGAUUCGGCGAGAUUUUCGAGCGUGAUGUGGCCGUCUUCUAUGUCGCGACCGGAACUGCUGCAAACUCUCUCGCACUGAGCCUCGUAGGCAAGCCGGGCGGUAUUGCCCUUGCGCACCGCGAUGCGCAUCUUGUUGCAGAUGAGUGCGGGGCUCCCGAGUAUCUUUCCGGAGGCCAGCUACGCCUUGCGACUGUUGAUGGCCCGGAGGGGAAAAUCGAUGCCAAACUGCUGAGGAAGAAGGUCGAAAGCAUGGCGGGUGAAAAUGUACACGCUGGCCGAACGAAUGCUAUCUCAAUUACGCAGUCUACAGAAGCAGGAACAAUCUACUCGCUCGAUGAGAUUGAUGCCAUUGCGUCUGUCGCCCGCGAUUACAACCUCCCGCUGCACAUGGAUGGGGCUCGAUUUGCGAAUGCUCUUGUAUCGCUGGGUUGCACACCAGCAGAAAUGACAUGGAAACGUGGAGUCGACAUGCUGUCCUUUGGAGCCACCAAGAACGGAUGUUGGUGCGCAGAAGCCGUCGUUUUAUUCGACAAAACGAAGCUCCAUGCUGAGAACUUCCCAUAUAUCCGGAAACGCGCCGCGCAACUGUUUUCUAAAUCCCGUUUUAUCUCAGCGCAGUUUGAGGCGUAUUUGCGCGAUGGACUAUGGCUCGAACUGGCUCGACACGCGAACGGAAUGGCUGCGAAACUUGCAGAGUCGAUUAUCGCCUCUAAAUCGGCCAGGCUAGUAGGAAGUCCUCGAGCCAACGAGGUAUUUGUGGUACUGUCUACCUCCUUCAUAUCUAUGGCGAAGGAAAAGGGGGCUGUUUUUUACAACCCGUGGCCCGUACCUAAAGAUCUCGAAAUCACAGAUGACGAGCAGCUCUGUCGAUUUGUGACCAGUUUCUCAACAACAGAGGAAGAUAUCAAGCAGCUAACUGAGCUACUUCAAUGA